ACAGCCUUGCAUUUCUGCUGUCAAGCCUUGCUCUGUUGUAGAUGAUUGAAUUGGUGGGAUUGUCAGAGAGAUUUUACGUUUAGGCUAUAUCUGCCAGCGCUGACAGGCGAUUAUCGGUGCUCCAUAUUACCAUAUGAUUAACAUACAUCUAUAAAUAACACGGGCACAUUUGUCAUGUUAAUGUGCAGCAACAGGCAUUUGAUUAACGCUGAAUAUUACACAGGAAUUUGUUAUAGGCCUAGUGGCAUAACACAGUCCGAGAAGACGAUUUAAUAAUAAAAGUUUAUCGCAACGCGUCGGGAUACAAACACAUCGUAUUUUAGCACAUACAAAAGGAGAUACGGUCGUAAUGAUUUGUCACACACGUUGUGAAACCUGGCGUGUUUUCGGCUUUCAGACAGCGAUCACUACUGACCUUUAAUGUGGAGUAUUCAGCAGUCGUUUACGUCGCUGCAGCCAAUCAGAGGAGGGGACGCCGCCUACGUCAUCGCGUUCAAGAAAUUUCUGCUGGUGGCGUUGUAACCGACGGUCGAUCACAUCCUCACCUGAGGCCACAUUUAUUUUAUAACAUAUACAAUAAAACGACGACUGGGGUUUACAGAGUUUACAGAGUUUGUAGUUUAUUUUAAAAACGAGACUUUUAUCUCCGGAGGCUCUAAACCCCGGGUGGAGGAGGAAGUAGGCGGGUUGUUGAAGCCUCCAGCUGCUCUGCCAUUGGUUUGAACUGGGUCACAUUAUGGUUUAAAUGUCUGGCGGUGACACCAACCUUUAAACAGAAAGAUGGUGACCAAGAGGAUCCGCUCGGAGUACAUGAAGAAAUUCAAAGACCCCAAAUGGGAGACCUAUGCUCAGUGUUAUGAGGAGAUGCUGAAAUACAGGCUGACCCGGAGGCUGCUGGAGCACACACACAACCCCUGGUUCUGGGGUGGCUCCGACACGGAUUCAGACUCCGGAGGAAGGAGUCCUCUUCCUCCCAGUAAGAACCAGGUGCGGCCUGAGACCAGCAGAGACAGGGCUGAGGCAGAGCUGGAGGAGUGUGAGGGGACGAAGGGGGACAGAGACACACUGACUGUACCCAGGCUUCCCCUUCGAGAGGAGGAAGAGGAGGCGAAUGUGUCUGCUGUCCACGGCUCACAGCUUGAAGGUGGCAGGGAGACGAGAGUGCCAGAGGAGGAGAGAGAGGAGCAGAGAGCCAGCAGCAGGGGCAGUAAACAGUUAACAGCCCCUCACAGGGAGCAAGAGAAAGAAACUGGCGGACCACAGCAGAGUAAACCCUCCAAAUCCUCAAAGCAGACCUGGCGCUCCCAGCGGGUCAGGCCCGCCCCAACGCGGCAGCCCGUGGAGGACAGCAAGGACAGCAGACAUCCUUUCGCUCUGUACGGUUCAGGAGAGAAGGAUGCAGACAUCGCAGGCAGGAAGACACACAAUGUUGGGCCUGUAGCUUCGACAAAUGAGAUCCAUGAGUCAGCUCUUCGUGCGAAGACCAGAAGGGAGGUAGAGCGUCAGAUGCUGACCCAGAAGACCGAGCGCCGGAGAGCCAAGUCUGUCGAUCUGGAAAAGGCCAAAAAGUUGGUUCAACCGGAAUUCAACCCCUGGCUCACUGAGUACAUGCGGUGCUUCUCUGCUCGCUCCCGAUAGGACACACACACACACACACACACACACAUUUAGCAGAAUUAAUUGCAUCAGGUUGAGUCCAGACAAAGAUACAAAGUAAAAGCCAUUAUUGCCUAUCAGCCCUGAGGUUUAAACACCCAGAUGUAGAAUAGAGCAUGGGACUGAAUGUGUAUCACUCUCGUAUUCAGGAUGUAAACUGACAAAACCUUGAACUCUGAAACUCACAUCGUGGCUUAAUGUUUUUUAUAUAUAUUGAUUGUUAAUAUAUACAAUAAGAAACAUUUUACAGGGUAGAAAUGGCUCUUGAAAGAAAUAAUUUGAAAGUAAAUAUAUAAUGAAUGGAUACAUAUAUUGUAUAGAUAUUUUAAAUGCAUUUUAAUAGCUGUACUUUGAUGCAGUCCCUUUAAACACAGGCCAUAUGAAAUGUGCCCUUAUUCCUUACACAGGGAUCAGUGUAAUUCACAAAGGGGUACAUGGCAGCAUGUCUGAAUCGAGUCAGCCGCCUUCUUAGAUCUGAGAUCAAAUGAAGAAUGUACAUCCACAUAUAGACAAAAAACAACACACACACAAUCAAGUUGUUCGUAUUCCAAAAAAAUCAUAGUAAGCACAACAAGAUGGUUCAAUCAACAGUCAGUUGAAGUUUUUCCUCAGAUUUAUGCAGCUUUCGAUGUGAAUAGGCAUUUUUCUUUGAAGUAUUGAUGGACAUACAGAGCUAGGUCUGUUUACAGAUUUUCAGGUCACUCAGUGCUGUGAACUGGUUCUUGUCGAUUUAAUGGUUUGAGUAAUGGUUUAGGGGUUGAUCCCAACUUACUUGGUUUAGAAUAAAUAGUGAAUCACACUCACAGUCAAACUCUGUGUGAAGUCACAGUUGUGUGACGUGUCGGUUGAAUUUUCUCUUGACACUUUUACGUGUUAUUGUUUUAAAAUAGUUAUGUAAUGUUGUUUAGUUGUGUUAAUAUACAGUAACAAAUCAAUGUGAUGCUUUUACAGUGUGAAAAUAGAUGUAUGUGACUUAAAAAACACUGUAUGACUGUGAAUAGUGUACUUCUGUUAUACAUUUCCAUUUAAAAAUAACACACAGCUGAUUAUUGGUUAUUUUCAAAGCAUAACAAACACAGGUUUAUUGUUGAGUCCAACUUUCUUUAUCAUUAUUGAUACUGAAUGUGCUUUAGAGCCAAUUGUGGACCCACAACAACAAUGGACAUUAAGCUGAUAAUAAAUACAUAAUAACACUCUAAAGUAGACCAAACAAAACAGCACUUUGAUUAUUAGUCACCUUUCUGUAUAAUAUUUGUACAGAAUACCUUGCCAACUAUUUAGGUUCUUAUGUAAUUCAUUCAUCUGUUGAAUCUCUGUAUGUUAAUGAGAAUGUAUUGAACGUGAAACAUUUUUUUUGUGCUCACACAAGAAGACAAAGAUUGACUUUGACUUUGUGUAAUGGAUCUGGUCUUUUCAGGAUAUUGGGUUUCAAUAUCUGAACCAUCAGAAUUUAGACCCUUUUUGGUUUCCUUGUGUCAGCGAUCAUGAUAAAAUCAGCUCUGUGCCAUAAAGACUUUUCUCCCUUUACAACUAUAAUUAUUGAUGUGAAUAUUGUACAGAGAAAAGACGGGGCAGUUUGAGGUCUGUGCUUACAUUUGGACUUUUUUUGUAAAUCUUUGUUUUGUUGUUGCAGCUCUGAGUUCAGUAUUACAUUAUUUGCUUUUGUUUAGUUUUCCAGUGUUUAAGUUAUAUUGCAGUAUAGUUCCAGGAACAGAUGUAAAAUCUUGUGCAAUAUUAUUUUACUUUAACUAUUUAAAUGUUGUUUUUUUUUAGAGGUGGUGAACUUUGACAAUCUCUGAAGAAUCUCUGUAUUCUUCAUUAAUUAUAGACCAAACUGUAUAGUUACAAUCUUCUUAAUACUGUAGAGACACUUUACUUUUAAUGAGACAUUUUUAUACUUGCCACAUUUUUCUAGGUUUACUUGGUAUUGAAUAGAAGACAUACGGCAAGCCUAAAUAUUAGUUUAGGCCGGGAAACUCACCACACUUACAAAUAGUUAUUUUAAGUGUUAACACAGUGUAGAGUCUGAUUUUCUGCUGUUACAAUCUAAUUGAUCUAAUAUACUGGUGACAGACAGGGUAUAAUAAUGACAAAAUACUGUAAAAUUCACUGAUACUUUAGGUUUUCAUGUUUAUAUUUUAGACUUUUAACAUACUGUCUGUACAUAUUUUAUAUGGUUUAGAGGAAAAGACU